AUGGGCAUUGAUGUGAGCGCGCAGAAGAAAAAACGACCCCGUUCUUACAACUCCCGCACUUUAGCUGAGCAGAAAUUGUGCAUAGAUACCUUUGAACGUUGGUCUGACCAGGACCAGGUUGAAUUUCUCUGCUGCCUUCUCUCCCGUAUGUCACAUUCACAACACAGCCAAAUCAACAAACUCCUCGAGCCCCUCCUUCAGCGCGACUUUAUCAUUGCACUGCAGGGUGAGCUGAAUUCAGCUGAAAACGCCAGACCCGGUGGGGGCGAUGGGACGCCCCACAACCUGCCCGCAAUAGAUUUCCUCUCGUCGUCGCAAACAGAUGACCCUUGCAGCCAUCCCUCGGGUUUACCACCGUCUGGCGAUUGGAAUAGUCCUCCUAAUGCCGCGAUUGCCUCCAGUUCGGCAACUCCCUCUGAGAUUGAAUCCAGUGAUGCCAUCCUUUUCGCCAAUCGCUUCUACAAGCAGCUCUAUCCUCGCAUCAUACGUGAUAUAAAGAAGGCCAUCAAGAAACGCGAUCUCGCGAUCUACCUCAGACUCUGCAGAAAACUUGAGUCAUGA